AUGGAUCGCUUCAGCUACCUCGCAGAAUGGCAGCGUCUCAAGGACUUCCACCUCAGGCUCGGAUUGGUAGGGACUGCUAUCCUUGUCCUUGUGGCCGUCUUCUGCGCCGUUUCAUACAGGUUUACCGGGCUACUUACUGUGAAGAAAAUCACCUCGCACCCCUUUGUCCGAUUCACAUAUGCUUGUCUGCUCAAGCCUCAUGAAAAGGGGAUCGAUGGUGGACAACGGACAGCUCUAGAAAGCUUCUACUCUUCUCAGGCAAGUGUCUACGACGCUACGAGAAAGCGUCUCCUUCAGGGAAGAGAAGAUAUGUUGGCGGCUCUUGCCGCCCAGCUACAGUCGAGAACUUUGUCGAAUCCAGGUCGUAAGCCGGUUUGGUAUGAUGUGGGAGGUGGGACUGGUUACAACAUCGAGGUCAUGGACAAGUUGGUCGGCAUUGAGGGUUUCUUCGAGCACGUUUUCCUUGUCGACCUGUCCCCUUCCUUGUGCGAGGUCGCAAUUGAACGAGCGCGCGCACACGGCUGGAAGAACGUUACUGUUCUAUGCCAAGAUGCCCGGCUAAUCUCCUGCACCCCCUCAUCUGCCGAUCUGAUCACGAUGAGCUACAGCUUAUCAAUGAUUCCGGACUAUUACAGCGUGGUCGACAUGGUUGCAGGCUUCCUGUCUCCAAGUGGUCUGGUUGGUAUUUGCGACUUCUAUGUCCAGAGCAUCGUCGACAUCUCUUCGAGAAAUUAUGUCGGUGGAACAUUCAAUCGUCAUGUCAACUGGUUUGGCCGGAUGUUCUGGCGGACAUGGUUCGACGCGGAUCGAGUCAACCUUGAUGGCGGUCGCCGAGACUACGUCGAGUAUCGCUUUGGCACCAUUCUCUCAGCGAGCGAGCGCAACUAUCUCUUAGGCGGCAUCCCUUAUUACUUAUUCAUCGGAUGCAGGAGAGAUGCCGACAUCUGCGCCGCACAUGGCGAGGAAGUUCUUGCAAAAUUCGAUGCUGUUCUUACCGAAUCUCCCUACUUGUCGCCGACAAAAUUCCGAGAGCACCGGGCGCUGGAUGCUCAGCAAAAUGUUCCUCGAUCGAAAUCCUACGAAUCUGCUAUUGUGAACCUUAGCUCCAAUCUUCCGCUGCCCGCAGCCUUCUAUCAGCAACAUCACUGGAGAAUAUACUACAAUGACCUGCUCACCAAGCAUCAACAAUUUGGCAACGAAUACAUCUAUGCCUUCAACUGGGAGGACCCGAAGGUUGACCGCCAACUUUUGAAUAUCGACCAAAACGAUGUCAUUCUCACUAUUACCAGUGCCGGAGACAAUAUCCUAGACUACCUCCUCGAAAAGCCCAGGCGCAUUCACGCAGUUGACCUUAAUCCCAAUCAGAAUCAUCUUCUCGAGCUCAAGAUCGCGGCUUUCACUGCGCUGCCUCAUUGUGACGUUUGGCAAUUAUUCGGAGAAGGCAAGCAUGCUGACUUCCGCAGCCUGCUACUUCAAAAAUUAAGCCCUCAUAUGUCCAGCCAAGCAUUCCAAUACUGGCUCAACAAAGCUCAUGUCUUCAGCUCACCAGGUGGUCUGUACGGGAGCGGGGGCUCAAGACACGCAAUCAACCUCGUUCGCUGGCUUUUCAAACUCUUCAGCCUGACAGCCAAGGCACACACCAUGUGUAAAGUAGAGACUCUGAAUGAGCAGAGAGAGAUUUGGCCAUGUAUCAGAAGGAUAUUGCUGAGCUGGCCCCUCCAUCAGGCCGUGGUGUCGACGGAAUGGUGGGCGUGGAAGGCGGCCGGUGUCCCUCCUGCUCAACGUGAGCUCAUCCUUGACGACUAUUCUCAACGAACGAAGCUUCCAAAGUCGAAGAAACUCUGUGGCGAUGCUAUAUGGCAGUACGUUGUUGACACGCUGGAUCCGGUGGUCGAGACAACGCAGAUCAGCCGGGACAACUAUUUCUACUACCUCUGCCUAGAAGGGAAAUAUUCUAAAAAAUGUCAUCCUCGUUACCUCGCGCCCAAGACCCACACGACUCUGUCCAAACCUGGUGCGUUUGACGGACUGCGAAUCCACACAGACGAACUCAUGGAAGUGAUUGCACGGAUCAGUCCCUCAAGCCUAACCAUUGCCAUUCUCAUGGAUUCAAUGGAUUGGUUCAAUCCUACUGGAACAUCCGCGCAAGAACAGAUCGUUGCUCUCAACAAGGUGCUCAAGGUGAGCGGGCGUGUAAUGUUCCGCUCAGCCGCACUGCGCCCCUGGUACACGCAAAUCUUCGAGCAGAAUGGGUUUGAAGCGAAAUGUGUUGGAAGAAGAGAUUCAGGGAAAUGUAUUGAUCGUGUCAACAUGUACGCUUCGACUUGGAUCUGUACGAAGAAGUUUGACCUUGUGAUGAGCCCUGCAAACGAACUGAAGAAAGUCGGCACUGGUGGAUCUCUGGAGGAGCUACAAAUCUAA